AUGAACCGCGUCUUCGCGGAUCCGUCGAUCCUGUCGCUGGCCGGCGGCCGCCCGGUCGCCAGCGUCUUCCCGCUCGUGGGCCUCUCCCUGAAGCUCAAGGACAAUUCGACGUUGACGACGGACCUCGUCGACAACGACCUGAACUACGGCGCCCUGAACGCCAUCGGCACGCCGGCGCUGCGCGGCUGGCAGAAGGCCUUCGUGAAGGCGUUCCACGGCGUCGACGUCGAGGCGAGGGGCUACGACUGCGUCGUCACGCCGGGCAACAGCGACGGCAUCUUCAAGAGCGUCCUCGCGCUGAGCGACCCCGGCGACAUCAUCUUCGCCGACGCCUACACCUACACGGGCAUCCUGGCCUGCGCGAGGCCGCUCGGGCGCCUCGUCGUCGGCGUCGACGGCGACGACGACGGCAUGUCGCCCGACGCGCUCGUCGAGGCCUGCGCGCGCGCGCGCCGGGCGGGCAGGCGCUGCGCGAUGCUCUACGUGAUCCCCAACGGCCACAACCCGCUGGGGCUCACCAUGCCGGAGAAGCGGCGGAAGGAGUUGUACCUCGCGUGCCGCGCGGGCAACCUGGCCGUCGUCGAGGACGACUCCUACUCGCUGCUGCGCCUCCCGGCGCGGGGGAAGAAGGACUACGCGGGCCUGCGGGGCGCGCUGUCGCUGGAGCCGUCGUUCCUCGCCAUCGACGCGCUCCCGGGCUUCGGCGACGGCCGCGUCGUCCGCCUCGACUCGUUCUCCAAGAGCCUCUGCCCGGGUCUGCGGUUCGGCUUCCUCACGGCGCCCAAGCCGCUCGUCGAGAAGCUCGGCACGCUCAACGAGGUCACGACCUGGAGCCUGAGCGGCGUCGCGCUCAAGGCCUACGAGAUCCUUUUGAACGACCUCGCGAAGAAGAACUACGCGAAGCUGGAGAAGCAGGCCAAGGACGUGCAGCGGCUCUACGCGACGCGCCGCGAUCUCCUCCUCGACGCGCUCGACAAGAUCCUGAAGCCCCACGCGACGUACAACGCGCCCAAGAGCGGCAUGUUCCUGCUCGUCAGGGCCGCGGAUCCCGACGUCGACGUCGCCGCGCUCCUCGACGACCUCCUGGACGCCGGCGUCGCGGCGCUGCCCGCCGCGGGCUUCCGGCCCGACGGCGGGCCGUCGAACGCGUUCCGCGUGUCGUUCACGCAGGUCCACUCGCGCGAGGUCGCGGAGCGCGCGGCGACGAAACUCAAGGCCGUGCUGUCGGACGCGGCCAAGGUCGCGGCGGCGAAGAAGGGCUGGGCCGCGAAGCGCGCCGCGGCCGCGGCGCGCGUCGACGCGCUCUUCGCCGCGGAGCGGCCCCCCCUGGCCGUGCCCCUGCCCUACGUCGUCGCCGGAGUUUCCGUGCUCGUGGCCCUCCUCCUGCGCCGCAAGUGA